AGAUGAGGGCGGACGGCGGGGUCAGGUGCUGCCCAGCAGAGGUCACGCGUCCAGGCAGGGGAUCAACAUGGCCGCCUUGCCCCGGACUGUGCUGAUCUCAGGCUGCUCCUCGGGAAUCGGUCUGGAGCUCGCGGUGCAGCUGGCCCAUGACCCCCAAAAGCGCUACCAGGUGGUGGCCACCAUGAGGGACCUGAGGAAGAAGGAGGCACUGGAGACUGCUGCCGGGGAGGCUCUGGGACAGACCCUCACCGUGGCCCAGCUGGACGUAUGCAGCGACGAGUCGGUGGCCCAGUGUCUCAGCUGCAUCCAGGGAGGGGAAGUGGACGUGCUGGUGAAUAAUGCUGGAGUGGGCCUGCUGGGGCCCCUGGAGGGGCUCAGCCUAGCUGCCAUGCAGAAUGUCUUUGACACCAACUUUUUCGGAGCUGUCCGUCUGGUCAAAGCUGUGCUUCCAGGCAUGAAGAGGAGGCGGCAGGGCCACAUUGUGGUGGUCAGCAGUGUCAUGGGCCUGCAGGGGGUCAUGUUCAACGACGUCUACGCAGCCUCCAAGUUCGCCCUGGAGGGAUUCUUUGAGAGUCUGGCCAUCCAGCUGCUGCAGUUCAACAUCUUCAUCUCCCUGGUGGAGCCAGGCCCGGUGAUCACUGAGUUCGAGGGGAAGCUGCUGGCACAGGUCUCCGCGGCUGAGUUCCCGGGUACCGACCCUGACACUCUGCACUACUUCCGGGACUCCUACCUCCCGGCCUCCAGGGAGCUCUUCCGCUCCGUGGGACAGAGCCCCCAAGAUGUGGCCCAGGCCAUCGUCAAGGUCAUCGACUCAGCCCGCCCACCCCUGCGCCGACAGACCAACGCCCGCUACACACCGCUGACCAUUCUCAAGAACGUGGACCCCUCAGGCCACCUGUACGUGCGAACCACCCACAGCCUCCUCUUCCGCUGGCCUCGCCUCCUGAACUUUGGGCUCCGGUGCCUGGCCUGCAGCUGCCUCCCGGGCCGGGUUCGGCCGAGAUGA